AUGGAGUUUUAUCAUAUUUUUGGUUUUCUCUCAAUUCUCAAAGAAUCCCUUCAAUUAAUUCCAAAAAAUGGAAAACUAUUUGCAUUAGCAUAUUUUCUUCAAAUUCUAUUUUCUUCCAUCCUUUUAUCAAUCUUUAAUUUUGAACUUAAAUUCUUGUUCCAUGAUAUUAUUUUAAAGGCAUCAAUUUUGUCUACUUCAAUUGAUGAUACCUUUAAAAUCAUGAAAAUUUUUGCUGAUAUUAAGGAGGAUUUUAGAAUUUUUCUAAUUAUAUAUGUUGCAAUUCUUGUUAGUCUAUCUUUAAUCUCUUUUCUAUACACAAUUGCAACAAUUAUAUUAUCAUCUAAUAUAAAUAUUUCUCUCAAAGAAUUUGUUUUGAAAAUCUCAAAGGCAUUUAAAUAUGCAUUUAUAACUAGAUUAUACACAAACAUGUUAGGUAUUGGUUACUUUUUUACUGUUUUAUUUUUAUUAAGUCCUAUUUUAAUUUCCUCUAGCAAUAUUUUCCUUUUCUCUAUAGGAAUUUUUGUUGGAAUAAUUUCUUUCCUAUUUUUUCUAUAUUUAUCAAUUGUUUGGAUAUUGGCUUUAGUUAUUUCAGUAAUUGAAGAAGAUUGUUAUGGAUUUAAAGCCCUAGCAAAAGCUGAAAGACUCAUUAAGGGGAAUAGAUUAAAUGGAUUUAUGUUAAAUAUUUUAUUUUCUAUAAUUUCAUCAUUAUUGUACCUAUGUUAUUUGAAGAUUAAUAAACCUAAUAAAGGGGUAAUUAGCCAGAUACUUAUGUCUAUAUUUCUGGUUAUUAUUUCUUCUUUGUUUAAUUUGUUGUUAUUAGUGGCAUAUACUGUGUUAUACUCUCAUUGCAAGAAGAGCCAUGGAGAAGAGGAAGUUGAAUUGGAUGGGAGUUUUGAGUAUAGCAAAGUAUAAAAGAGG